AUGAGUGAGGUAGUGAGUCCAGGCGACUUAAAGCUGACAGUGAAUGACGGAAAGGGAGCUCAGGAAAACCCGGUCAAUUCGGAAGAAGCGCGUCAAGCUGCUCCUGCUGAAUUGGAGAGCACACGAAAUGCUUUGGGACUUCAGAAAACAACGGAACCGCAUAUGAAGGAGAAUAAGUGGAAGUUGGCGUUCCGCCAGCUAAUGUUCAUGAAGCGCAUGAACAUGCAGUUCAACGACCGAACCAAAAACGAAAUCGAGUUAAGACAGCAGAAUAUUUCGCCAACGUCGCUGAUCUGCAGCGUGCCUUACUUCAAUACAUUCUCGGCUGAAGAGAUUAAGGCGCUGGUUGCAGCCAGUCGACGAGUCCGUUUACGCCCGGGGGAAACUUUGUCGCUGGGCACAGCGAACGCGAAUUUGCAAGAAGAAGGCGACUUCUGUGUCGUUAUCAGUGGCAACUUAGCCUUAUCUAAGGCUUCUGUCCCUAGUGCGAUGGCACUGAAGCAGGCAUCACUGUACCCACAACUGAGACUUGGUAUUGGUGACUACUUCUCCAUCCGUGACUCGUCGGAUAUGAAAGUGAUUGCGAUGGAGUUGGCAGAGCAUCUAACGAUACCCAUGAAGACGAUCUUGCAAAUUAACGCGGCCAGCUGCGCACUUAUCGAUGCAGAGAAGAACGACUUGGCUCCAGAGUCAAGCGAGAUGGAGAGUUUCAAGAAGUGGGCGUUGCAAUUCAGCCUGAUCCGGCAAAAAAGUGAAUGUCCUGUUACAGAGCGUGGAGGCUUUGCUAAUUGCUCUGUCAAAACCUUUUGCAAGGACCACUUUCCAAAUAUCACACCAGAGAACGAGCUGGAUCAUACUCUCGAAUACGUGAAAAAUGCGCUGACUUCAAUUUUUUCGGCUCGCAAAGUGAGAAUCUACGCGCUCGAUGACGUUAGCCAAAAGCUUGUCAUUAAGUUUUCAGACGAAAAACUGUCGAAGAGAAGUGUAGACCUGUUGUCAAGUACUGGACAGCAAGUUCUCGAUAAGGGGGGACCGAUUUGUGUUGAGAACGCGGCAGCAUUGCUGAGCGACGAGAUCGAUGAAAAUGACGUGGCACGAGAAUUGUAUCACCCAGAUACUAUCAUUCUCGCAGCUCCAUUUCUCGAGUUUGAUGCUAUGCAAACGAAUGGCAGAUCAAUAGGGACGGCCAAGGUUGUGGGUGUUCUGGAGAUUGUCAUUGAACCGAGCGACCUUGAAGGUGAUGUUAGCUCAGCCACCAGCAACGAUUUCUGUAUCCUUGAAUUUGUCACUGAGGAGAUUGGUCGUUAUCUCUUUUUCCACUACGAACGCUUCUUUGACGUGUCGUCACUAGCCCCGACACAGCCACUCCCAACAGGGAGCAGCGAGUUGGGAAACACAGAGUUGUUUCCUUCACCUCCCGAAGGUCCAGUUUUGCAGGAUCAUCGACACCUCGUUCUUAACAUCGGCAAGGUGAAAUUGAGUGUUCCAGAGACUGUUACGCUCGCGAAAAUUAGUAUCCAGCAUGGAUCUACAGUUCUGUACGAGACCAGCACAUUGCUGCGGUAUGAAUCCCACCGCGAUUCUCAUGGAGAUAAAUCGCACCUGUCUUCUCGUGAGGUCAGUUGCGAUCCAAGCAGUGGCAUUGAAAUGGGUUUACGUCUGAUCGAUAUGCCCCAUGGUUCACAUUUAAAGUUAACCUUCACUACUAAGACAGGAGACGUGGUUGCGUGGAGUGGACUCCACUUAUUCGACUUCGGACAUACCUUACGAACCGGAACUACACUCAUGGAUAUCGUGGUGCUUCCUACUGGAUCGGGGAUUAUCACGCCUCUGGACAUUGAGAACUGCUUGCGUCAUGAUAAGCUCAACCACCAGAGAGUUGGUAGUAUGGAGAUCACCUUGGAAUGUUCAGGCUCGUGUCCUCAAUCGUUUGCUUUCUCGAGUAUUUCGACUAAGAAGAAGAGCAUCGCCUUCCGAGCGUCUAUCUUUUUCAAGCGCGACAGUGAGCGGAAGUCAGGAGCCCACGAGACCCCGUCCUUAGAGAAUAUUCCAAUGGACAAGCAGAAGCUCUUACAGCGACUGAGAAGAGAUCCUCUCGUUGAUUUGUUUAUUGAGGAUCGGACGUUCAUUUGGACUUCACGGUUGAUGUUGAUGGAAGAUUCGGCACUGCUUCCAGCGUUUCUACUGUCUGUAGAUUGGGGCAAUCGAGAGCAAGUACUGGAAGCGUAUCGGUUGCUGUUGCACUGGAAACAACCGACUUAUCUGCAAGCUCUUCAGUUACUGAGUCCGCUCUAUUCGGACCCUAAAGUGCGCGCUUACGCUGUCCGCUGCAUGCACGCACUGCCCGAUUAUCGACUGCAAUUGUAUCUCCUCCAACUAGUUCAAGCACUAAAGAACGAGCGUUACCACGAUUCAGCACUUGCUCGGUUCUUACUGAUGCGUGCACUAACGAAUCCGCCACAAAUCGGUUAUUUGCUGUAUUGGUUCCUCAAGGCGGAAUCGCACAACCAGCAAACAGCAGAACGCUUCAACCUCAUCUCGUCCCAAUAUCUCCAGCUUUGUGGGAACUACAAGUUAGAGAUCCGUCAAUCGGUAUACGUAAUGAAGAAACUCGAGGAGGUCGCUGCAAUCGUGAAGGGUGAAUCUUCAUCAACAGCUCGUAAGGAGAAGCUGCACAAGGCGUUGGAAGCUACGAAAAGCUACUCAAAGAUGCAGGACGAGGUGGCGCAGCGUACCGUGCUUCGCUCUCGCCGCAAUUCGGACCUGGACGAUGCUCCAGAGGUCUACGGCAAUGAGCCUGGAAGCAACUACGAGAACCGCAAGUGGAGUUUGGAGGAAACAGUGGAAGUUGACGAUGACAACGAGAGCCAAUGGAUCAGCAGUCCACACACGUUGACCGCUGGCUUCUUGCUCAUGCUCUGGAUCGUCUACGCCGCGUUCCACGAGCCCGUCACGCAACUGGAAGACCCAAAUGAGCAGUUUGCAGCCGACGUGAAGCGUGGUGUCAAGUACGCUUGUGUCUUCUUCCUCACAUACUGCAGUCUGCAACUACCUGACGGCCACUUCGUGCGUCCACACCCAAUCGUCUGGCGUUUGCUCACUGGUCUCUUCAUCCUCUACGAGAUGCUAUUGAUCCUGCUACUAUUCCUUAAGACACACGACGCGCGUCAGUUUAUGAAAGUCUUCGACUCCAAUCUUGGUGUGGAGCUCCCAGAGACAUCCUAUGCGGCGGACUGCAGGGUAUACACGCCUGAGAACCCGGACUCGCACUUUGCCAAUGUCAAAGCUACAUUCUACGACCGAUUUGUGAUCAUGCACUUCUUGGGAUGGAUCGUGGGCUCCAUUAUG